CUUGGCUCUCUGGGGUUGAGUAAGUCUCGCUAUAGACAUGGGUAUAGACUGUAGUAGAGAGAGUUGCAGUUAGUUGCUAUCCGACCGUUGUUCUGGGUGGAUUAUUCGUCGCAUUCAAGUCUGAUGUUUACACGAGUGUUUUAAUUGUUUCCAUUUCUUUUAGUUUUUUUUUUUAAAGUUUCGUUUAACAAGUGAUAAAAGUGAAUUUAUAUUUUCAUCACAGUUAACAAAUUCCCACCCACUCACCCCCCUUUUUUUUCUAGUGCAGUGAUUUUAAAUUUUGUUUUGCAAAAAAAGAAAUUUUCCUAUAUUGGUUUUUUUCUUUUAGUGUGUGUAAAUUUGAAACACCAAAAAUAAAAUGUGAGUGGUGCACAUUACGUGUGAUAUGUGGAAAUAAAAAUCAUAAGUUUUAAGUGAUUUUAGUUGUAAAAUUUUUGAGAAAAAAAUAAUUUUUUUUUUCAAAAAAUAAAUUCAUCAGUUGAUGUGCAGCGGAAGUUUUUACUUUUUUAAACAAGGAUGUAUCCGAGUGCCCAGGCCGUUGCCGUCGCAUCUGCUGCUCGACACCCGGUUCCACCUCAACCUGGACAGCCAUUUAAAUUCACGGUGAUCGAAGGAUGCGACAGAAUUAAGGAUGAAUUUAAUUUUCUACAAGCCCAGUAUCAUAAUCUUAAAAUCGAAUACGAUAAGCAGAAUAAUGAAAAGGAAAAUCUACAGCGGCAUUGCAUCAUGUAUUACGAAAUGGCAUACACGUCAAAUAUGGAACUACACAAACAGGCCGAAAUAGCGAAACGACUGAAUGCUGUAAUAGCUCAGAUUUUACCGUAUCUCUCGCAAGAACAUCAACAGCAGGUGGCCAAUACGGUUGAAAGAGCGAGGCAAGUUAAUAUGACAGACGCCGGAUCCGUUGUUGUGCCACCCAGGCUCGAUUUACCGAGAAUGAUACAGCAGAUGCACGCCCAACAAUUACCACCUGGUGCCUCAAUGGGUCCUCAUCCGGGACUUCCGUCACUUCCAGGCAUUCCUCCUGGAAUCUCAAUGCCAACAUCCGCUUCGGCUCAACUUUUGGGACUUGGCUUAAAUCCAGGAGCACCAGCAACACCGGGAACACCUGGCAGCCAUCCAUUAUCAAUGCUUGGCAAAUCAGAUUUCCAUCGGCAACCUGAUGAUCUCAAAAGUAACGGAGGACUCAGUUCCAACGAGGAGAGACAUAGAAGUUCUAUAUCGCCAGGUGACAAAUACAGUAGGUCACGGACACCACAAGAACAUCAUUCUCAUCAUAUACAAAAUCAUCAUGAUCAUUCUAUACAUGCCAUGAAGAAAAUGAAAAAAGAUGAAAAAGACGCUAAUCACAGUGACGGAGAAAAGAGCGAUCAGGAUUUAGUGGUUGAUGAUGCAAGUGAAGAUCCAGCGAGUCCGGCUGUAAAUGGCACCUCUUCACCGCGUGAGAAUGGCAUUGACAAGGUGGGUGUUCCGCCUCUGGGUUCGAGUAUUCAAUCGAAGAAGGAUGUACCGCCACAUUCACCGCGAAGUGGUACCAGUAGCAAUGCCAGUACACCGUCGGCAAAAAAAAUGGAGGAACGGGAAAAGCCAACGACCCCAAUUUCAAAACCAAUGACACCAACGUCAGCGUCAAGUGGUAGUUUGAAGGCAACUGUGUCAGGGAAAAAUCAUCAGGGACCACCGCCUCCGGGAGCAAUUCCAGGAGUGUAUCCUCAUUAUCCACCUGGACCACCUUCUCAUCAUCUACCACCGAGUGGUCAACAUCCUCACAUGGAUAUGCUUGGUUAUAAUGGCUAUGGACCACCAAGAGGUCCCUCAUUACCUCAAUCACUUUACGAUCCUCAUGGAGCAAUGAGGGUUCCACCUGUUCCUCUAGGACCCGUACCUGGUGGAAAACCGGCUUACAGUUUUCAUGUACCUAGUGAGGGAACAAUGGUUCCAGUACCCUUCCCACAGGAUGCAUUAAGCGCAGCCGGAAUCCCUAGACACGCUCGUCAAAUCAACACCCUCACUCAUGGCGAAGUCGUUUGUGCUGUAACGAUCUCAAACCCAACUAAAUACGUCUACACCGGAGGUAAGGGUUGCGUGAAAGUUUGGGACAUUGGUCAAAGUGGCUCGGGUAGUCCUAAGCCUGUUUCACAGUUGGAUUGUUUACAACGAGAUAACUACAUCAGAUCGGUGAAACUUCUGCCCGACGGUCGAACUCUUAUAGUUGGUGGUGAGGCUAGUCAGCUGAGUAUUUGGGAUUUGGCGAGUCCCACACCAAGAAUUAAAGCUGAAUUAACAUCGUCAGCGCCGGCAUGUUACGCUCUUGCAAUCUCACCAGACUCAAAGGUCUGCUUCAGUUGUUGUAGCGAUGGAAAUAUUGCCGUUUGGGAUCUUCAAAAUCAAACACUAGUGAGACAAUUCCAGGGUCAUACGGAUGGGGCGUCUUGCAUUGAUAUUUCCCCCGAUGGUUCGAAGCUAUGGACUGGUGGUUUGGAUAAUACGGUUAGAUCAUGGGAUCUCAGGGAGGGUAGACAAUUACAGCAACAUGACUUUACGUCGCAAAUAUUUUCACUUGGUUAUUGUCCAACUGGUGAGUGGCUUGCUGUCGGUAUGGAAAAUUCAAAUGUUGAGGUUCUUCAUGCCACGAAACCUGACAAGUAUCAACUACACCUGCACGACUCUUGCGUGUUGUCCUUACGCUUCGCCUCCUGUGGUAAAUGGUUUGUCUCCACCGGAAAAGACAACCUACUAAAUGCUUGGCGCACUCCAUAUGGAGCCUCAAUAUUCCAGUCAAAGGAAUCGUCGUCAGUGUUGAGCUGUGAUAUUUCAGCAGAUGAUAAGUACAUUGUUACCGGAUCUGGAGAUAAAAAAGCGACUGUUUAUGAAGUGAUGUAUUAAAAAAAAUUUUCAUCUAUUUAAAAAAAUGUUUUUUUUUUAAAGAAGAAAAUUUUUUAACUGUAAAUAUAUAUAAAUAUAUAAAUAGAUAUAAAUAGAUACCGUUAAUAAUAAUGUUAUUAAUACAGCAGUCUCUGGCUUAUUAUUCACUCGCGAAUAUUUCGCUCUCUAAUGUCAAGUGCAAAUAAUAAACUCUUUUCAAUAAGACUGUUUCAUUUUAUAAUUUUUAUCAUAAAAGUUUUAUCUUUUCUUUUUUUAACUAUAUUUCUCACUAGUGGAUAAUUUUCACGAGCCUUCUGUAUUUCUAUCAGUUUUUAAUUUUCUAAUUUGAAAAAAAUAUAAUCUUCCAAAAAAAUGGUUGAAAGAAGCAGAUUAUUAAAAUUAUUUAAAGAAUAAAAAUUUGAAUUAUAUAUUAGAAGGGGAGGAAUAUAUUUUUUUCUAUUAUAUAUAUUAAUGAUUGAUGUUGUUUUGACACAAGAAAGGUUUUUAUUGGAGAGAUUGUGAAAUAUUGAGGUUGGGGUAAAAAAAAUGUGUUCGUAGAGGAAAUAACAUUUCGUCCUGUUCAAAAUGACGAAAUAUUUUUUAUCAUGUGAUUAUGUUAUUUUUAGUAUAAUUAUAUCUGUUUUGAACGAUAUUUAAAAAAAUUAUUUCGGUAUAUUUAAUAAAAGAGUUAAAUUUUUGUAGAAAAAAAAAUAAUUUUUCUAUAUUUAAUAUUGUUUUUUUCUAAGCAGUUGGCACUUUGUGUAUUUGUCAACCUUAUCACUCUAUAAAGUACCAUA